AUGGGAAACAUUCCUCCCAAGGCAAAAACACCCCUAAGAUGUAUUCUGGAGAACUGGGACCAAUUUGACCCUCAGACACUAAGAAAGAAAUGACUUAUAUUCUUCUGCAGUGCCGCCUGGCCACGAUAUCCUCUUCAAGGGGGAGAAAUCUGGCCUCCUGAGGGAAGUAUAAAUUAUAACACCAUCUUACAGCUAGACCUCUUUUGUAGGAAAAAAGGCAAAUGGAAUGAAGUGCCAUAUGUACAAACUUUCUUUUCAUUAAGAGACAACUCACAAUUAUGUGAAAAGUGUGAUUUAUGCCCUAUAGGAAGCCCUCAGAGUCUACCUCCCUACCCCAGUGUCCCCCCGACUCCUUCUCCAACUAAUAAGGACCUGCCUUCAACCCAAAUGGUCCAAAAGGAGAUAGACAAAGUGGUAAACAAUGAACCAAAGAGUGCCAGUAUUCCCCGAUUAUGCCCCCUCCAAGCAGUGGGAGGAGGAGAAUUCGGCCCAGCCAGAGUGAAUGUACCUUUUUCUCUCUCAGACUUAAAGCAAAUUAAAAUAGACCUAGGUAAAUUCUUAGAUAACCCUGAUGGCUAUAUUGAUGUUUUACAAGGAUUAGGGCAAUCCUUUGAUCUGAUAUGGAGAGAUAUAAUGCUACUGCUAGAUCAGGCACUAACCCCAAAUGAGAGAAGUGCUGCCAUAACUGCAGCCCAAGAGUUUAGUCUUGGCAGUCUCUGGUAUCUCAGUCAGGUCAAUGACAGGAUGAUAACAGAGGAAAGAGAAUGAUUCCCCACAGGCCAGCAGGAAGUUCCCAGUGUAGACCCUCACUGGGACACAGAAUCAGAAAAUGGAGAUUGGUUCUGCAGACAUUUGCUAACUUGCAUGCUAGAAGGACUAAGGAAAACUAGGAAGAAGCCUAUGAAUUAUUCAAUGAUGUCCACUAUAACACAGGGAAGGGAAGAAAAUCCUACUGCCUUUCUGGAGAGACUAAGGGAGGCAUUGAGAAAGCAUACCUCCCUGUCACCUGACUCUAUUGAAGGCCAACUAAUCUUAAAGGAAAAGUUUAUUACUCAAUCAGCUGCAGACAUUAGGAAAAAACUUCAAAAGUCCACCUUAGGCCCGGAGCAAAACUUAGAAACCCUAUUGAACUUGGUAACCUCGGUUUUUUAUAAUACAGAUCAGGAGGAGCAGGCAGAAUGGGACAAACAGGAUAAAAAAAAGACCACCGCUUUAGUCAUGGCUCUCAGGCAAGUGGACUUUGGAGGCUCUGGAAAUGGGAAAAGCUGGGCAAAUGGAAUGCCUAAUAGGGCUUGCUUCCAGUGCAGUCUAUGGGGACACUUUAAAAAAGAUUGUCCAAAGGACGCAGAGUGGUUUACAGUCCUGGACCCUAAGGAUGCCGUUUUCUGCAUCCCUGUACAUCCUGACUUUCAAUUCUUGUUUGCCUUUGAAGAUCCUUCAAACCCAAUGUCUCAACUCAUCUGGACUGUUUUACCCCAAGGGUUCAGGAAUAGCCCCCAUCUAUUUGGCCAGGCAUUAGCCCAAGACUUGAGCCAAUUCUCAUACCUGGACACUCUUGUCCUUCGGUACAUGGAUGAUUUACUUUUAGCCACCCAUUCAGAAACCUUGUGCCAUCAAGCCACCCAAGCACUCUUAAAUUUCCUUGCUACCUGUGGCUACAAGGUUUCCAAACCAAAGGCUCAGCUCUGCUCACAGCAGGUUAAAUACUUCGGGCUAAUAUUAUCCAAAGGCACCAGAACCCUCAGUGAGGAACGUAUCCAGCCUAUACUGGGUUAUCCUCAUCCCAAAACCCUAAAGCAACUAACAGCGUUCCUUGGCAUAACAGGUUUCUGCCGAAUAUGGAUUCCCAGGUACAGCAAAAUAGCCAGACCAUUAAAUACACGAAUUAAGGAAACUCAAAAAGCCAAUACCCGUUUAGUAAGAUGGACACCUGAAGCAGAAGUGGCUUUCCAGGCCCUAAAGAAGGCCCUAACCCAAGCCCCAGUGUUAAGCUUGCCAGUGGGGCAAAACUUUUCUUUAUAUGUCACAGAAAAAAACAGGAAUAGCUCUAGGAGUCCUUACACAGGUCCAAGGGAUGAGCUUGCAACCCGCGGCAUGCCUGAGUAA